UAUAUACCCGGGUCAAGUUGGUGAGGCACAUGGAACCCAAUGAUUGGAUGAUCGUCAUUGCGCUGGUGAGUUCACGAUCCGCGGAGUGAAUCCCCAAACCGAUCGACGAUAUUAAUUGAGAUAGAUCAACUCGUUCGUUUUCAUGGGCUUCUAUGUUGUCGAAGUUGUCAACGGAAUGGGAAUGCAUAUAGCUGAUAUCCCCCCCGAGAUCCUCAUGGCUCAGAUGAAGGCUUUCUGGAUCACCAUACCCUUCUAUAAUGCCACCGUGCUAUGCGCAAAAGCCUCCAUCCUAAUGCAAUACUUCCACCUCUUCACAUCAAAAAAAUACAUGCGUGUCGUAUGCUGGACAAUGAUCACAAUGCUGGGCAUAUAUGGGACAUGGUGUGUCCUGAGCGCCUUUCUCAACUGUCUUCCCGUCGCCAAGUUCUGGGAUCCUUCGAUUGAAGGAUUCUGCCUGAGCAGUAAAGGACUGUGGUUCUCCAACGCAGCCAUGCAUAUCAGCACUGAUAUUGCCAUUCUUGUCAUCCCCGUCCCGGCUUUGGCGACACUUGCUCUUCCCAGGAAGCAAAGGUUUGUCCUCAUUACCAUCUUUGCUCUGGGUGGCUUUGUAUGCGUGACCAGCAUUUGCCGCUUGGUCGCUCUGAAAAAGAUUUCCGAAUCGGCCGAUCCAACCUACGACAACGUCGGCGCCGCAUCCUGGUCCGCUGUUGAGUGCAACGUCGGAAUCAUCUGCGCCUGUCUACCUACUCUCCGUCCUCUUGUGUCCAGUAUCAUGCCGCACCUUCUCUCCACCUUCGGUAGCGGAAGCAACACUUACGGCAACUCUCCCAAGUUUCACGGACGUGCACCGACGUACUGGACCGGCACUGGUGUAUCCAGAACAAUAACACACCACGAAGAUCCCGAAUAUGGCGACGCGGAGCGAAAACUGAAUUUCAUGCCUGGCAGUGAAAACGCCACGGCCAUGUCGAGGGACUUCCAAAAGAGCUACCAGGCAACCAUCACCACAGAAUGUAAAAGUGAUAACUCACGAUAGUGUCAGUGUGCUGCUGGCAGCCUUAUUAUACAGUGGAAGAGAGUACACAGAUCACACUGUUCCAUCAUUAGUAGAUUCUUGUUUAUUUCUUACCCCUUUUCGUUAUUAUAUGUAAAACAUAACGAUGUCAUAUUUUGAUACCACGGAGGAUAUCUGGAAUGCGCGCCGGUUUGGGUGUACUGUAUGUUAGAAACACAACCAAAUGAACCAAAAAAAUAAAAAAUAAAAAAAGUC